GCCGCGGUGGUAGGCGCCUGUCGCUGGGCGCGCGGCCUGGGGCGUGCGGUUCUAGGCGCGGAGUCGAGCUUGGGUCGGGUCGCGGCGGCACCAUGGUGCUGUGCCCGGUGAUCGGGAAGCUGCAGCACAAGCGCGUGGUGUUGGCCAGCGCCUCCCCGCGCCGCCAGGAGAUCCUCAGCAACGCGGGCCUCAGGUUCGAGGUGGUCCCUUCCAGGUUCAAGGAGAAGCUGCACAAGGCCUCAUUCGCUACUCCGUACGCAUACGCGGUGGAAACAGCCAAGCAGAAGGCCCUGGAGGUGGCCGGCAGGAUGCACCAGAAGGACCUGCGGGCCCCUGACGUUGUCAUCGGAGCAGACACCAUCGUGGCGGUGGGAGCGAUGAUCCUGGAGAAGCCUGUGGACAAGCAGGACGCCUACCGCAUGCUGUCAAGGCUGAACGGGAAGGAGCACAGUGUGUUCACGGGCGUGGCCAUCGUCCACUGCUGCAGCAAAGACGGCCGGCUGGACAUGGAGGUCUCGGAGUUCUACGAGGAGACCACGGUGAAGUUCUCAGAGCUGUCAGAGGAGCUGCUGUGGGAGUACAUCAACAGCGGAGAGCCCAUGGACAAGGCUGGCGGCUACGGGAUCCAGGCGCUGGGCGGGAUGCUGGUGGAGUACGUGCACGGGGACUUCCUCAAUGUCGUGGGCUUCCCCCUGAACCACUUCUGCAAGGACCUGGCACGGCUGUACUACCCGCCCCGCCCCGAGGACCUGCGGCGGGUCAGGCACGACUCCAUGCCCGCCGUCGACACCUUCGAGAACCUGAGUGACUCGGAGGCAGGUGGCUCAGACCCAGGUCAGAGCGCCAAGGGCGGCCGUGGUGGCGAGCAGGCGGACGGAGACGGGGCACAGGCUCCGCGCGCGCUGGAUGCAGCCCUUAACGGGGCGGACAGCCGGCCCCCGUUCCCCACAGGCCUCCUGGAGCUGAUGGACGGCUUCAAAGCAUCCAAGGUCCUGUUCACGGCUUGCAAGCUCAAACUGUUCGAUGUGUUAAAAGACCAAGGCCCCCUGCAGGCCGUGGAUGUCGCCCGCAAACUCAGCACCUGCGCGGGCAGGACUGAGCAGCUGCUGGAUGUGUGCGCGGCCCUGGGUUUACUGGAGAAGACGCGCAGAGGUUACAGCAACACGGAGGUGGCGACCCUGCACCUAGUGUCAGACGGCGAACACUCUCUCCAGGGCGUGGCCGAGUACCAUGACGCCCACGUCUGGGGCGUCUUCACACGCCUGGGCCUGGCCGUGCGGGAGGGGGCAGACCAGACCCGCGGGGCUCUGGGGGCGAUGGAGGAGGAACGCCUGUCCCAGAGCAGGGAGCUGACGCUGCAGUUCAUGAGGGCCAAGCACAGCCUCAGCAAACUGACCGCCCACCACGUGGCCACGGCCUUCGACCUGUCCCGAUUCGCCUCUGCCUGCGACCUGGGAGGCUGCACGGGCAUCCUGGCCCGCGAGCUCGCCCAGGAGUACCCGCGCCUGCAGGUGACGGUGUUUGACCUCCCAGAGGUCACUGAGCUCUCUGGGGGCUUUCAGCGUGGCGGACGACAGACAGAGCGGAUCCGCUUCGUGCCAGGUGACUUUUUCAAAGACAGCCUCCCGGAAGCAGAUCUGUACGUCCUUUCCAGAAUUCUGCAGGACUGGCCAGAUGACAAACUCCACAAGCUACUGAGCCGGAUCUCAAGCAGCUGCAAACCAGGCGGUGGCCUCCUGGUGGCUGAAGCGGCGGCAGAGGAGGAGGGGGCGUCGCAGAGCCCCCGGCUGCGGACCCUGAGCGCCGGGCAGCCCCGGAGCCCCGACGAGCACCGGCGCCUUCUGCAGCGACACGGCUUCCAGGACGUGCGGGUGGCGCGCGCGGGGGACCUGCUGUGCGUGGUCCUGGGCACCCGAGCUGCGCCCUGAGGGUCACCGGGAACCCGGCGGGGCCCAGCACCCGGAAGUGAAGGGUUCCUGGAGAGCAGGUGUCCCCGGACACAUUAAAGGAGGCGGAAAGCA